UUGAGAAAUAUGUCAUAAGUGAUUUCUAAAAUAGCAAUUCUAAUGAAAAGCUAGCAGCAGUCACAUACCCAUCUCUCACUUUAUCUGAACGCCCUCUUUUAUAAAUAAUGUCAAGGACUUCGUAACUCUUAGCACAAGCAGAGGAGACGCAUCAAUGGAGUUGAUAGUUACUCUCGCUCUAGGCGCCUUCACACUGGUGCUGGCUGUCCUUUUAAAACAGCGGCGCACCGUACAACAAAAUUUCCCCCCCGGACCACCUCCUCUGCCUGUCAUAGGAAACCUCCUGCAGCUCGACCGCAAGGCUCUCUUCAAAAGUUUUGUAAAGCUCAGCAAGACUUAUGGUCCAGUACUUACAGUUUACUUUGGUGUUAAACGAGUUGUGGUUCUGGUCGGGUUCAAAACAGUUCAGGAAGCCCUAGUGGACAAGGCAGAGCAGUUUGCUGGGAGGGCACCCAUUCCUGUCCUCAGCCGAAUUAACAAGGGCUAUGGACUGGGAACCAGUAAUGGAGAGCGCUGGCGGCAAUUAAGGGAAUUCACAUUCCGGACACUCCGAGAUUUCGUCACUGGCCAGAAGAGAACGGAACAGAGCAUUCAAGAGGAGGCCAAGCACCUGGCCAAGGAACUGUGCAGCGCAGAGGGUACUCCCUGUGAGCCUACAAACUUACUGAAUCUUGCAGGGUGCAAUGUCAUCUGCUCAUUGGUAUUUGGGGAGCGCUUUGACUAUAAGGAUCCAAGAUUUGCACACCUGCUACAUCUGCUUAGCGAAAUGUUAAGUGGUGUACGUGGGCCAUGGGGCCAGCUGUACAACACCUUCCCCAAACUCCUGGAGUACCUUCCAGGUCCACACAGGCAGAUAUUCUCCUGUGCUGAGCAGCUGGCUGAUUUUCUAAUGGAGGAGAUCUGUACGCACAAGAAGACUCUGAACCCCAGCUGCCCUCGGGAUUUCAUUGACUGCUUCCUUCUCAAAAUGGAACAGGAAAAGGACAGCUCUUCUACCGAAUUCCACAAUAAUAACAUGGUGUACACCAUCUUGGGUCUGUUCAUUGCUGGUGCUGAGACCACGAGCACAACGCUGAGAUAUGCUCUGAUGCUGGUAAUCAAGCACCCUCGUGUUCAAGAGAGGAUCCAGAAGGAGAUUGACGCUGUGAUUGGUGCACAGCGCCACCCGGCCUUGGAGGACCUCAAGGCCAUGCCCUUCACAAAUGCAGUUAUCCAUGAGGUCCAGCGUCUCCUUGACGUCGUACCUAUGAACCUGCCUCACAUGGCCACCCAGAACAUCUCCUUCAGGGGCUAUACCAUCCCCGCGGGUACCACAGUGAUUCCUCUGCUUCAUUCAGUGCUGAGAGAUGAGGAGCAGUGGGCCUCACCAGACUCCUUCUACCCCCAGCACUUCCUGAAUGGAGAUGGCUCCUUCAAAAAGAACCCAGCUUUCUUGGUGUUUUCUGCAGGGCACCGUUCCUGUGCAGGGGAGAGUCUGGCUUAUGCAGAGAUUUUCAUCAUGUUCACAUCACUAUUGCAGAAGUUCUCUUUCACCUGUCCCGGAGGGCCACAUUCUCUUGACGUGACUCCAGUGCCCAGCUCUUUUGCAAACAUUCCCCAAGCAUACCAGCUCAUUGCCACACCCCGGUGAAACAGAAACCGUCAACAUUUUCCCUGAAACUAUUACAUCCACUGCGGCCUUUGCUCCAUUUCCAAAGUGCACCUUUCUAGAGGAUCAUACAAAUCAAUGGGAGCAACAGUCCUAUCUGUAACAGCUCUGUCAAGACUAAAGAACUGUGACCCGAGACUUAACCAGGCAACUUCACAAAGUGCUGUAGCACCAUACCUUGUAAAAAUAUUUUUCCUUUUUAAUAAUUAGAAAAUAUUUACAUGUAUUCUAAUGAUGCUGCAGAUAGGCUAGUUCCCUUAGAAAAAGAUCACUUUAUUGGGCAUAUACAAUGUCUCCAUGAGAGACACAGACAGGGAGAGAAGCUUGGGAUCAGAG